CCCGGAUGGAGGCACGUCAUUGUCCCCCGCCGGGCGGCUGGGCUGUGUGCGGCGGCGGCGGCGGCGGCCGAGGGGGAUGGAGCGAGCGCCGAGCCGGGUCAGAGUUGAACAAUGACCAUAGUUGACAAAGCUUCUGAAUCUUCAGACCCAUCAGCCUAUCAGAAUCAGCCUGGCAGUUCUGAGGCAGUCUCACCUGGAGACAUGGAUGCAGGUUCUGCCAGCUGGGGUGCUGUGUCUUCGUUAAAUGAUGUUUCAACUCACACACUUUCCUUAGGACCAGUACCUGGUGCUGUAGUUUAUUCAAAUUCAUCUGUACCUGAAAAGUCAAAACCGUCGCCACAAAAGGAUCAAGUCCUAGGUGAUGGCAUUGCUCCUCCACAAAAAGUUCUUUUCCCUUCUGAGAAAAUUUGUCUUAAGUGGCAACAAACUCAUAGAGUAGGAGCCGGACUCCAGAAUUUGGGCAAUACCUGUUUUGCCAACGCAGCACUGCAGUGUUUAACUUACACGCCACCUCUCGCCAAUUACAUGCUAUCACACGAACACUCCAAGACAUGUCAUGCAGAAGGAUUUUGUAUGAUGUGUACAAUGCAAGCACAUAUCACCCAGGCACUCAGUAAUCCUGGGGAUGUUAUCAAACCGAUGUUUGUCAUUAAUGAGAUGCGACGUAUAGCUAGGCACUUCCGCUUUGGAAACCAGGAAGAUGCCCAUGAGUUCCUCCAGUACACUGUUGACGCUAUGCAGAAGGCAUGCCUGAAUGGCAGCAAUAAAUUAGACAGACACACCCAGGCUACCACACUCGUUUGUCAGAUAUUUGGAGGAUACCUAAGAUCUCGAGUCAAAUGUUUAAAUUGCAAAGGUGUUUCAGAUACUUUUGAUCCAUAUCUUGAUAUAACAUUGGAGAUAAAGGCUGCUCAGAGCGUUAAUAAGGCGUUGGAGCAGUUUGUGAAGCCGGAGCAGCUGGACGGAGAAAACUCCUACAAGUGCAGCAAGUGUAAAAAGAUGGUUCCAGCUUCAAAGAGGUUCACUAUACAUAGAUCCUCUAAUGUUCUUACACUUUCUCUGAAACGUUUUGCAAAUUUUACUGGUGGGAAAAUUGCCAAGGAUGUGAAAUACCCUGAGUAUCUUGAUAUUCGACCAUACAUGUCUCAACCAAACGGAGAACCGAUUAUUUAUGUUUUAUAUGCAGUCCUGGUACACACUGGUUUUAAUUGCCACGCUGGCCAUUAUUUCUGCUACAUAAAAGCUAGCAACGGCCUCUGGUACCAAAUGAAUGACUCCAUCGUAUCCACUAGUGACAUUAGAUCGGUACUCAGCCAACAAGCUUACGUUCUCUUUUAUAUCAGGUCCCACGAUGUGAAAAAUGGAGGUGAACUUACUCAUUCCACCCACAGCCCCGGCCAGUCCUCUCCCCGACCGGUGAUCAGUCAGCGGGUCGUCAGCAGCAAGCAGGCGGGAUCAGGCUUCAUCGGACCCCAGCUUCCUGCUCACGUGCUCAAGAACCCACCUCACCUGAACGGGACGGGACCGUUGAAAGAGACGCCGAGCAGCUCCGUGUCUAGUCCUAGUGGGACUUCCAGUGUCGGCAGGGCUGGUCCUGUUAAUGCUUCAACUUCUGUUCAGAACUGGUCAGUGAACAGGUCCUCUGUUAUUCCAGAACAUCCCAAGAAACAGAAAAUCACGAUCAGUAUUCACAACAAAUUACCUGUUCGCCAAGGUCAGUCCCAGCCUAACCUUCACAGCAAUUCUUUGGAGAGCCCUAGCAAGCCUGCCCCCUCUUCUACCAUUACCACUUCUUCUGCAAUACAGUCUACCUCGAGCGCAGCCACGGCGUCAGCGUCUAGUAAGGUAACAAAGCAGGCCCCCCCGGGCGAGCCCUGUCCCCAGCCCGUGAUGAACGGCAGGCCCAAGCUGAGCUCCAGCGUGCUGGUCCCCUACGGCGCCGAGUCCUCCGAGGAGUCGGACGAGGAGGCGAGGGGCCUCGGCAAGGAGAACGGGCUGGGGCCGGGCGAGGGCUCGAGCCCUCCCGCUGCGGAUGCCGAAGCCGGUGAGGCCUCCCAGCUCGUGCUCUACGAGCCCGUGGCUCUAAAUGGUGCUACCAGUUCAGACAGCGACCCGGGCGAGAACGGCCUGCCGACAGAUGGUGCCAGUUGCCAAAUCCAGCCUGCUUUACACUCAGAAAACCCCUUUUCCAAGGCCAACGGUCUCCCCGGGAAGUUGGUGCCUGCUCCUUUGCCACCUCUCCCGGAAGACAAAAUCUUAGAGACCUUUAAACUCAGCAGCAGAGGGAAAGGCUCCGCAGAGGAGACAAGGCCGCCCGGGACAGAGCGGAGUCCUGCAGAGGAGCCUGAGGCAGAACCAGCGGCCGGCAGCCCCGCUCCCGAUUUGCGUGAGAACCUGGACACAGUCACGAGCCUCAGCAGCAAAUUAAAGAAGGCCUCGCCGCCCCCGGACCCCAGCAUCCAAUCUGCCAAAGAAGACGUCUCUGCAAACGUUUCCGCAGAACCUGAGGAGUCUCUGCCGGGUGUUGGCCAUUCUUGUAACACCAGCCAGGGUACCGUGGGGGACGAGCCGCUUUCUAAGCUGUGUGACCCUGGGAAUCUAACAGGCAGUCAGAGCGAACCGUCCCCGGACGUCCAAGGGAUGUUACCAGAGCGUCCCCAGGACUUGACAGCGGCGGCCACAGCGGGGAGCGCGAGCCCCAGUCACUCGGCCUUGGCCCAGGCCGUGGGCGACGGUGAGCGGGAGCGCUCAGCCCCCAGCGGGCGAGACAAGUGCUCGGACGUGGAGGACGCUUCCAGAAGCACCGGGGCUUCCGCAGAGGAGGCGCCCUCUCCUCACUUGGACAAGACCGUAGAAAACCACUCAGAAGGGGGCCCCGAACCAAGUCCUGGUGAGAGAGGUGAAGAAAAUCAGGUCGGACAGAAAGUCCAGGAUCCUCCUCCAGUUCAGGAAAAAAUCAGCAGCCUCAGAAAAGUCGAUCGAGGACAUUAUCGCCACCGAAGAGAUGGCUCCUCGAGUGGGGAGCGCACGCGAGAGGGCGGGAGCCGGACGCAGGGCCCGCAUCGCAGGAGGCCGCCCUGCUAUGUGCGGGAGCGGCCCAAGCACGAGCGCUACCGGCCCGAGCCCUGCACUGGGGCCCCGCACCACCCCAGCCACGGCCAUGGCCACGGCGAGAGGGCCAGCCCCGCUGAGCACCGCUCCCUGGGCCGGUACGGCCACCACCACUCCCGGAGCAGGGGCGGCUCGGACCAGGACUGGAGCCGGUACCACCACUCGGAGGCCGAGCACUCCUGGGCUCGGGAGAAGUACCACCCAGACAGGGCGAGGUGGGACAAGUGCAGGUACUUCCACGACAGGUACACUCCCUACCCAGCUCGGGAGGUGCGGGACUGGAAGCCCUUCCACGCCGACCGGGAGUACGACAGAGCUGGGCCCUACGGCGGCCGGCCCUACAAGGACUACUACAGAGGCAGGAAGGCCUACGAGCCGGCCGCCAAGGAGAAGGCCCGGCACCACUUCGCCAGCCCCCGAGCAGGCCCGCCCCACCCCCUCCCUCCCUACCCCGACAAGUUCUCCCACGAGAAAAUUGCACUUGUAGCUGAAGACCAUAGUUGUCACCUCGCCAGUCGGUUUCAUGAACACGAAACUGUAAAGUCACGGAAACGGAGAUACGAUAGCAUAGAGGAUGGUGGCAGCUGCCUGGGAAAGAAGGCCUGGGGGGGUCUCCAGCAGGGCCCCCUAGAAGAGCCUAAAGGGAAGAAGCACAAGAAGUCAAAGAAGAAAAAAAAAUCCAAAGACAAACACCGAGACCGAGACGCCAGGCAUCAGCUGGACUCGGACCUCUCGGGGCCGCACUCAGACGCCGACCUCCACAGACACAGAAAGAAGAAGAAGAAAAAGAAGAGACACUCGAGGAAGUCAGAGGACUUAGUCAGGGGCGCGGAGCCGCGCGGGCCCAGGGCUGCCAGCUGUGAGACUGUGGGCCGUGGCCGGGGCGCCGCCGGGCCUCCCCUGGCGGAUGGGCGGCCCCUGGAGGGCCUGGGACCUUUCCGUGAGAAGAGCAGACCCCCGCGGGUAGAGGGCAGGGAGGCCCGGCAUCAGCUGUCCGAGUGCGGCCAGGGUAAGAGGAAACACUCGGAGUUCAGAAUACAGGCGCGCGUGUCCUUGGAGAAGGUGGUUGGUGCCAGGACGGGGCCAUCGUGGGCCUGAUGGGCGCCAGCUCCUCCCACCCAGGACCCUGUGUGAGGAAACCCCUGGGAUUUUUGGCUCUGGGGACAGGGGUGUCUGGUGGGCCAGAACCCUGGUGUCUGGGCCAUUUCUGGCAGGGAUGUCUCCGUCCUAUGGCCUCUCCAGGGUCAGCGUCUGCGGAGGACCCGGCGCUCAUGGGUGGGGUCCGGUCAGCGCGCCUCAGGCGGGGGUUCCUGCCUGCUGUGCUCAUCAGUCUCCCAGCUUCCCCGCCUGUCUCUUCCCUGGUGGUCACAGCCGUCCCCUCCCUUCUUAUUUGCUCCGAUGACCUGUGACCCAAAGGAGUGUGGACGUGUUAUGGGGGGCGGGGGGGGUGCUCCGGGCCUAGUCGGCAAACUGCAGUCCCUCCGGGCCACCACCACCUCCGUGUGGUCCGCCCAGAAGGGAGGACUGAACAUUUUUAAACAGUGGGAAAAGUCCAAAGAGAACUAUUUCAUUUUGUGUGAAAAUGACGUGAAAUGGAAAUGCAGCAUCUGGAGCUGCGCUGGGUCCGGCCUGCAGGUUCCCGGGGCACUGGCGUAGGGGCCACGCAGCCGGCUGAGUGGCCAGAGGAGACCCGAGGCCGAGGAGCUGGAAGCGUGUCGCACGGCCUUUUGUGGACAAGUUUGCCGACCCCGCCCUACCCCAGAGGUGCCCCCUCGCAGCCCUGCCCACCCUCCUGGGUGCCCAGAGGCACAUAACCUGCACUAGGGUGAGGCGUUGUGUGUCGAGGGAGCAGGCCCCUCCCCUCCGGGGGCCCAGAGUUAGCACACUGGCUCAGAGAGACUCUGACAACACGGGGUGGCGGGGUGGGGGUGAUAUCCCAUCAGGAGGAGCCCUGGGGGCGCUCGGAUUGGGUGAGAUGAAUCGUGUGUGGCCAGCGUGAAAGGGCGCCUGAAAUGGUGUUUGCUCCGUGUCUUUUAGGAAGUGGAUGAUUUGCAUUUUCACAUUGGUUUCCCAUGAACUUGUCACGAUUUGGGGAAGGGGCUUGGUGAAGGUCCCUUCUGACUUCGGCUUGGAGGGAGGGGGGCUGUUCCUGUGCUGCUGGGCGGGCCCCUGAGGAGUCUCUGUUGUUGCCAGCACCUUCCCCUUCCGGGUCUCUGGUGAGGACCUCGGCCUCCAGCCGCCAGUGCUUUGUGGGCGGCAGCUCACCCCAGAGCUGGCUCCGGGGGAAAGGAGGCAGUUCUGCAUCCCAGUCGUGAGUCUUGAGGGCUCCUGUCAGGCUGUGCCGAUCCGAUGGUGCCUGAUGACGGGUCUGAGGUCAGCAGACCGAGGGGCCUGUGCCUUCCCAUCCUGACCUCCCUGGGAAGGGCCAAGCAUCACUGUUGACACCCACGUGUGUCCUCUGUCCUGGUACCUUGACCACUUACCUCUUCCAGACUCUGGUCCUCUGGCCCCUUACACUCUCGGUUUCUUUGGCCUGAGCUCUUUUCUCGCCUCAUGACUAGUUUGCUGUGGGGAGAGUGGACUAUUCCCACUGGGACCAGUGGCCCUCAGUUUUCAGUAAAGCCUGUGUUCAGUGAAGCACUUGGAGAAAUGGCUCUGUGACAGCUCUUACAUGCGCAUCCUCGUGUAGGACUGAUUUCAGGCCAACAGACAGUAAACUGCUGAGAACUGGUUCUAAGUGCAGUCACUUCAUGUACACACACAGCAGAGGCACCAGAAAUUUUGCAAAGCCAUCAUUAAUGUUUCCUAACCUUUGC